AUGAGGUGGACUAGGUUGGCGCAGAGAAGGAAAAGGAGGAGGAGGAGGAAGAAGAAAAUAGUGAAGCGAAGGAGGAAGAAGAGGAGAAGGAGUGAAAAGAUUAUGGAAAUGGGAGAGUCCAGAAAUACCAUUCAAACAUGUUUUCUUCUGCUUCCUAAGCCUCCUGUUUCUGCUAAAGCUUGCAAAAAGAAACAAGUUCAAUUUGCCUCCAUCACCACCAAAGCUACCCAUAAUUGGCAAUCUUCAUCAGCUAGGAACACUACCACAUCGCUCCUUCCAUGCACUCUCACGCAAAUAUGGCCCUCUCAUGUUGCUGCAAUUGGGCCAAAUUCCAACCCUAGUGAAACUGGAACAGAAAAACAAUCGGGGAAUAAAGGAACUAAAAAUUCCAAUGAUGUGGAUUUUUCAAACUACGACGAAGAGUGGAGACAAAAGAAGAACACAUGUGUGGUUGAGCCUCUGAGCCAGAAAAAGGUGCGGUCUUUUCGCUCCAUCCAAGAAGAGGUUGUUGCGGAGCUGGUUGAAGGUGUACGUGAAGCAUGUGGUAGUGAAAGAGAAAGACCAUGUGUGAAUCUGACUGAGAUGCAGAUUGCGGCUUCGAACAACAUUGUAUCUAGAUGUGUUCAUGGACGGAAGUGUGAUGAUAGAAUUGGUGGUGGUGGUGGUGGUGGUAGCAGUUGCAGCUUUGGAGUUCUCGGAAGAAAGGUUAUGAGAUUAUUAUCUGCUUUCAGCGUGGGUGAUUUCUUCCCUUAG